AUGACAGGCUUUCCUGCCCUAGCCCUGCAGCUGGGAAGCAGCAGUGACAAGACCUUCAGUCGCGUGGAUAAAGCACUGAGCUGGUAUGAGGCGCAGAAGUACUGCCGGCUGUACCACACAGACCUUGCCGACGUGGAGAGCCUGACCACCGUGGACACCUUCAGUGACCUCUACUCCGCCUUGACCAGCACCUCUGCGUGGGUCGGCAUCUUCUACGAUGAGGACAAGGGUGGUCUGAGCUGGUCCAGUGGAUCCACUUUCAUCUCCUCAAUCUGGACUGCAAUACCCGGCUUCAGAGAGGGCAUCUGCGGCACUAUAAAAUCAGUGUUUUUUGUCCCUAACAUCGGGGUUGCAAUGUGCACACACCAGAAGCCUUUCAUCUGCUACUAUGACCCUGCUGUAGGGCAGCGCAUGAUCUUGGAGCCCACUCUUGCCCCUCCUAAAUCAGCUGAGGUCCAGAUUGGACAGCGGACCUUCACGCGGUUUAACCGAGAAAAGACAUGGCUCUCAGCCUUGAAGUACUGCCGUGAACAGUACACGGACCUGGCUGAUCUGCAGCAAGUGGUCAGUGAAGCAGACAAGCAGGCCUUGAAGUCCAUCACAGACGAGACAGAGGCCUGGAUGGGGCUCUUCUUCAACGCAUCUUCCAAGUCAAUGAGCUGGUCCAGCGGCUUGGGUCACUAUAUCCCCAACUGGCUGACGGUGCCCAAGUUAGUGAAAGGACUGUGUGCCGGCCUUCGGAUCUACGUGAACUUUGACCCCAAGGUUUACGCUGUGUCCUGCUUUUCCCUGCGGCCCUUCAUCUGCUUCUACGAGCCCGAUGCUGACCCUGAGACACUCCAUCCCCCCACCACAGAGGCACCCAAUGCCACAAACCCAGGGGAUGCAUGGGUUUCCAAAGAAAGGGUCAGAACUUCACAGGUCACCACUCAGAGCACGUCCUCCAGGCCUGUGCCCAUGACGACCCGAACACCGAACCCCACUGUCCGCCAGGACAUGAACAGAAGUCCUCUGACCGACUCUCCGAGGUGUAACAAGGCAUUGUCGGGAGACUUGGAUGCCGGAUGCACAACUGUGACUCUGCAAGAUGCAGCAGUGGGCACCUCGCUGGAUCCUCUCCACAGUGCCUCCAUCACCUCCCAAGUGUCCCCCAGGGUGGCCACAUCCAGCCUGUCCUACAGCUCCAAGGCUCCAGGUAGCUCCCUGGUGGUGGAUGACAAUGUGUGGGAACCUGUGGGCUUAGGGAAUCCAAGCUGA